UUGAAAACAAAAUUGUAAUAGUACUCAUGGCUAAGUUUGCUUCAAUCAUCGCUCUUUUUUUCGCUACUCUGGUUCUCUUUGCUUCUCUUGAAGCACCAACAAUGGUGGAAGCAAAGUUAUGCGAGAGGUCAAGUGGAACAUGGUCAGGAGUUUGUGGAAACAAUAAUGCAUGCAAGAAUCAGUGCAUUAACCUUGAAGGAGCACGACAUGGAUCUUGCAACUAUCGCUUCCCAUAUCACAGAUGUAUUUGUUACUUCCCAUGUUAAGCUAUCCAAAGUCUUUUGGUACUCUACUUGAGUACUUGUGUGUGUAUUUUACGUAAAAUAAUUGUCUGUCAUCACUCUAUGAGUGAGUUUAUGACAUGUGUAUUUGUGUUUUAAUGUUUGGUUGGGUUAUAGUAUAACCCUUUUAUGUACUAAAAGAAAUAAGAUUGUGUCAGCUCCAUGAGGUGACCUUAUGACAUGUGUGUUUUAAUUACCUUUAAACAUGUUUG